CUCCGCGAUUGCAACGUCGCCAAAGAUGGCGGCGACCCUGAUCUGACGGCGCCGCGUCCGCGCUCUUCCCGGCUCCAUCAUCCCCCGUCUCUCCGCCGCCGCCGCCGCCUUCCCGCGGUAGAUCGGCGCUGCCCGCGCGCGGUGACUGACAUUGGUGAGGUGAGGUGAGGCACGAUGGCGAGUCCAAGGACAAGACGGGUUCUUAAAGAAGUGAGGACUCAAGAUGAAAACAAUGUUUGCUUUGAAUGUGGGGCUUUCAAUCCACAAUGGGUCAGUGUGACCUAUGGAAUAUGGAUCUGUCUUGAAUGCUCAGGAAAGCACAGAGGUCUUGGAGUCCAUCUCAGCUUUGUACGGUCCGUUACUAUGGAUAAAUGGAAGGAUUUAGAGUUGGAGAAAAUGAAGGCCGGGGGCAACACAAAAUUCCGCCAAUUUUUGGAAUUGCAGGAUUACGACCCAUGUUGGUCACUGCAAGAGAAAUACAACAGUCAGGCUGCAGCUUUUUUCCGAGACAAGGUUGCUGCCUUGGCUGAAGGUAGGGAAUGGUCCAUUGAAACGUCAGAAGCUCGGAAUUGGACGCCACCCCGGCCUAAAACAGCUAUUUCUUCAGCACAUUGUUCUAGACCUAAACAAAAUUCCGCCUUAUCCUCUGAUAAUAUGUUUGAGGACUGGUUGAAUGACGAUAAUUCCUACCAAAGUGGUGGAGGACAAGCAAGUCCGGAUAAUCGCUACGUUGGAUUUGGAAACACCGUUCCCUCUUCGAAAAAGGACGACGAUUUUCUCAACACCGCCAUGACUUCUCUCUAUUCGGGUUGGAGUAAUUUUACCGUUGGCGCCACCAAGUUUGCAUCCGCAGCAAAAGAAGGAGCAGUGAAGCUUGGAAGUCAGGCAACACAAAAGGUCUGGGGCUCCAAGCAGCAGCUAGAGCCGGCAACAGAACUAGGACAGACGUUGAAUGAGAAUGUUAUCAAACCUACUCAAGACAAGGUUCAGGGAGUGGGUGUGAAAGGAUGGCAAGAUGUCAGCUCCCUUUUUACCAAUAAAGAAUCGGUUCCACAAAGCCACUCGGUCGGAGAAAGUUACCAGAACAGUGGGUUUGACGACGGCUUCUGGGAUAGCUUCGGUGCGAACGAAGAUUCUAAAACAAAGAGUCCCUCGAGUGCGAACGCAUGGGGCUCUGGGGAGAAGAACGAUGAAGCUUGGGGUGUGGUGGACACUACAACAAAGCAAAGCAACAAUAGUGACACCUGGGACGACUGGGACAAUAACUGGGCUGCAAGCGGGGAAAGCAAGAAUAAAAAGUCCCCAAAAAGAGAAAACAGAGGAGCAGUAGAUGAAGGAUGGGACAACCAGAACUGGUAGCGGUGAGGGGGGGGGGGGGGACGGGACGUGCCUCGAAUUGGAACCACCCGCACUUCACUUUACUUAACCUUGCUUUGUUGCUGUCAUAAGCCAUUUGGUAUUCCUGUUCAUAAAGAAUCAAUGUUUCGGGAAAUAUAACUCUCUAGAGACUGGUUACUUGCGUAUCUCAAACAAAAAGCAACUUGCACAAAGACCAGUCAGUAUUGUAACCAGAGAAAUCUCCUUUCAGUAUGUAGCUUAGGCUCAAGUGUUAUAUUUUUACACUGAAUGCAUUGACAAUACAUUUUUCUAUUUAAGGGAAUAUGUUUUUUUCCAUUAACUCACAGAUUUAUUUUUGUGUACAUAAAUAGUUAAAUCCACAGGGUAUCAUGGCUAAAAAAAAAAUUAAAUAGGGCAGUGAUUAUUUUUGUUGUUAGCUCAGGUUUUCUUUUGAAAUGCAACAAACAGCAUUUGCUGCAUGUGCUAUAGUGUGUCUGUGUGCGUGUGUGUGUGCAGCUUUGGUAUGUAUGGUUGUACAGAACGAAUAGUGUUUACAGGUUCUUUCUUUGUGUUCUCUGUGAUUACUGUAGGUUUGGUGCCUAGCCGAUUGAAGUAACGUUUUAAGAUUCCCCACUCCAAUAAUAACUGUCUCUACCUAUUGUCUAACCCUACCUGCCUUACCAAGCGAUCCGUGAUCUUGAAGUGGCUAAUGCCGGCAAACAAAUGCUCUUUACAUUUACUCACCAUUUCUUUGUCUACUCGACUCGUACAGCGUUUGAAGAGAAUAACACUAUGACGAAAUUAGUAGAUAGAGGAAUGUUGGAAUGUAUUCAAUACUUGUUACCAAAUGCCGAAAGCAGCCAUUUCUCUGCCUGUAUCGUUUAAAAAUGUUUUAAAUUGGAUCACUUUAUUAGCUUAUUGUUAUCCGCCUAGGGUAGAGGUCUCCAUUCCUGCCUUUUAAAUGUACGGCAUAGCGUAUACAAUUACAUCUAUUACUUGUGUAGUGCUCGGAGAUUACCUGCAUUCUCUGAUCAUUCCAUUAUAAUCUUCAAAAGUACGUUGAUCUGCAACUGUGAGCGCGUUGUGUCUGAUCUGUGAUGGCCCCAGAUCUUAACUCUAAACAUUCCAGUUGCUUAUGAUGUGAAUGCCAAUCUAGUAUGGGCGGUUGUUCUUUUAAGUAUUGGAGAUAUUUUUAAGUAUCUGUGCAAUAUUUUCGAGCAUGGGCAUCGGACUAAUCUUUCUGUAACUUGGAGAUUAUUGAACACUUAUGACCUAAAUUAUUAUGUGGAUUUUCCCUGAUAUGAUGGUCGUCUGGAAUUAUAGCAACUUAUAAGUUGCCGGUAACUUUGCACCCAUUUUUGUGUGUGAUUGCCUUUGAUGAUGUAUUACAAUAAAUAAGAUUUAAAACAAAAUCAUUUUGUUUCCUUUGAUUCUAAACUAUCCAUUUCUGUGUAAAAUUUCAUUUGUUCGUUGAACAUUGUCUGGAAGCUUAUUUUUGGCACAAAUAUCUUGGAACAUUGUAGUAAACUUAAUUCAAAAGAUCUCCUUGGUGGAAUAAAGCAAUCUUUCAAAA